AUGGGAUGGAGCGAGCUUACCGUUCCCUUGUUGCUCUCUGCACCCCGUACUGCGCCCAUCCACAACCAACCUUUUACUACUUUGAUAGUACUCGACAACUCGCCCUCUAUUCGAUCGAUACCCACCACGCCUCCUGUUCAGCCCGCCAGCGCGCUUGAUGUCGGACCCGAGCACAAGGUUCCUUGCCUAGAAUCUACAUCCUCCCCAAUGUCCAAGAUCACCCACCGGGUGACGUGCGACUAUGAGCUGCUGCCGCGCGCAUCUUUGGACGACGAGCUCGAUGAGGCCCAGCUGCUGCUGCAAACGCCCACAAACCCUUCGUGGCUGCGCCGCUUCAGCGACACGUUUCACGGAGUGAGCAAGCUCUCCGACCGCGCUGUCUACACACACUAUGUUACGCCGCGCCGUCGCAAGCGCUCUGUGCUACGCCUGAUCUACUGGUCCAUCUUCUCAGUGCCCUACAUCUUGCUCUUCCUCGUCUUGUUCACCGGCAUCUUCUUCCCCAGCUACACCAUACGCCCAGCCCACUACCAGCAACUGCGCCAGCGAGCCUUGGCCAGCGACACUCCAGGUCGUGGUAACCCCCACCGCGAAAAGAUCUUUAUUGCAGCUGCCCUCUCAGAGGAGAAUGGCACGCUGACGUCGGGAGGAUGGGGCUCGUCGGUCCUCCAGCUGAUAGAUCUGCUGGGCCCGGACAAUGUGCAUCUGAGCCUCUACGAGGAUAAUGCCGAUGCGGAAACCAAGAGCUCCUUGGACCGAUUUCGGCACAAGGUCACUUGCAACUCCACCAUUGUCUCUGAAGAUCUCGACCUUUCCGCCCUACCUCGUGUCACCCUACCCACAGGAGAGACCCGUCUCAAGAGGAUUGCCUUCCUUGCCGAGGUGCGCAACCGCGCCCUGGCCCCAAUCGAUUCCAACCAUGUCAAAUUCGACAAGAUACUCUACCUAAACGACGUGAACUUCGACCCCAUCGAAGCCACCCAGCUCCUUUUCGCGACCAACAUCAACUCGGCAGGCCGAGCAGACUAUGCAGCUGCAUGUGCUGUAGAUUUCAUUAUGCCCUUCAAAUUCUACGACCGUUUUGCUACACGAGACUUUGAUGGAUUCACCACUGGUCUCGUCUUCUUUCCUUUCUUCACCAGUGCAGGCACGGCGACAAGCAGAAACGAUGUACUCUCGGGGACGGAUGCUGUUCGCGUUCGCAGCUGUUGGGGAGGCAUGGUUGCGUACGAGGCAAAGUGGUUUCAGGAGCAAGAGAGUUCAGGUGGCCAACCAAGUGACAGCCCUUCUGCCUCGCCGCCAGUGUCGCCGAACACGAGCCUGGCCCCCUUACGCUUCCGCUACGAGACCGACACUUUCUGGGAGGCAUCCGAGUGCUGUCUUAUAAACGCAGAUCUCCAGUACCUACAGACUGGGCGAGGCAUGCCUGCCAACCCCAGAAUCUACUUGAAUCCAUUUAUCCGGGUAGCCUACGACGAAAGCACGUUGUCAUGGCUGGCCCUUGUUCGGCGCCCAGAACGCCUCUAUUCUGUGAUCCACGACAUUCUCAAUUACUUUGUCGGCUUUCCAGCUGUCCAAGAGCGGGUUGGAGAAGAGCCUGGAUCCGUUGUCAAAGACAGUGUCUGGCUUUACGAUGACCCAGAGCGAGGCUUCGCCCACAACGCAACACAGGCAGACCUCAAGGGACACUACGAAGAAGUUACCAGGAUAGCCAAGCCUGGCAGCUUCUGUGGUGGGCGGAAUCUGCUCGUCAUGAACGAGAAGCCCGAGCACGGGCCAGGAAGAUGGGGCAAGAUCAUACCUCCCAGUCCUCCAAACAGGCGGUAG